AUGGAUACCACCGACACUUCCGUUGUCCAAGCCGAGGUGCCGGUCAAGGUUCCGCAACCUGAUGACCAAGCUCCACCAGCGUUGGCAGAACCUGCUUCUGGCGUUGUAGCGGAGAUGUCAGGUGCCCUGCCCUUCGAAGACGCAGGCGAGAAGAAGGAAGCUGAGGCUCCCACCGAAACUGCUACGGCGAACGGAACUGCCGAGUCUACCUCUGAGCCAGCCAAAGAAGAGGCUCCUGAGCCUGCUGCUAAGCCUGCUGCCGAGCCUGAAUCUGCCCCUCCGGCCACCGGCGAAACAGAAUCAAAAGAGGCGGGUGAGGCGGAUGCUGCUCAACCAGAGACAAACGGAACUCCAGCGGACAAGAAGACACCCUCAUCCCGACGAAAGUCAUCGGGUGGUGUCCCUGAGCACAAGGGCAAGAAGCUCAACAAGAAGAAGUCCGUGGCCAAGAUCACACACCUCGAUGCCAAACCGGGCGAGUAUUACUUUGCCAGAUUGAAGAGCUACCCGCCAUGGCCCAGUAUCAUCUGUGAUGAAGAGAUGUUGCCCGAGAUCCUUCUCAACACGCGCCCUGUCACUACUAAGAAGGCAGACGGCACCUACAACGAACCAUAUGCCGAUGGUGGCAAGAAGGUGGCCGACCGCACAUUCCCGGUCAUGUUUUUGCAUACCAAUGAAUUCGCAUGGAUUCCCAACACCGACCUCACUCCCCUCAACCCGGAGGAGUGCAAGGAUGUGUCGGAGAAGGGCAAGUCCAAGUCUUUGCUCGCUGCCUACGAAGUUGCUGCCGAGAACCAUGAUCUCCAGUACUUCAAGGACAUGCUUGACGAACAUGCCGCGGCAAUGCAGGCCGAUAUUGAGGCAAGAGAGGCCCGGGAAGCCGAGAAAGCCGCCAAAUCCGAUAAGAAGCGACGCAAGAGCGAGGCAAAGGUCGUCGAUACCGAGGACGUUGAGAUGGAAGAUGCCGAGCCCGCCCCCAAGAAGUCUUCCAAGAAGCGUAAGAAGGAGGCCGACAGUGAUGACGAGGAGUCGGAGAAGCCUGCAAAGACUCCAAAAACCACCAAGAUCAAGUUGACCACAAGCAAGACGCCAAAGACUGAGGAGAAGAAACCCAGGGAGAAGGCUAGCAAGGCCAAGUCCGAGAAGAGAAAGUCAAAGGCGGCAGCGAGUGAUGAAGAGAUGGCCGAUGCUGGUCCAGCGGAGCCAGAGGAGAAGCCUCUGGACCCUGUCGAGGCACGCAAGGCUCGUGAGAAAGAAGUUCUCUUCCUCCGCCACAAACUACAAAAAGGCUUCUUGUCACGCGAUCAAGCACCUCAGGAAGAGGAAAUGCCGCAAAUGUCGACUUUCAUCAAGAAGCUCGAGGGAUACAAUGAUUUGGAAGUCAGCAUCAUCCGCAACACCAAGAUCAACAAGGUUCUCAAGGCAUUGAUCAAAUUGAACACCAUUCCUCGCGACGAAGAGUUCCAAUUCCGCAAGCGGUCCAUCGAGCUCCUGAGCCAGUGGAAUAAGAUUCUCGGCGCAGAGCCAGUCGAUGGCACCGAGACUUCGGCGGACAAGGAAGGCAAAGCAUCACCUGCCACCAACGGCGUUCAUGAGGAAAAGUCGGCCGAAAAGCCAGAGGACGCUACCGCAGCGGAGAAGAAGGACGACGAAUCCGCUACUCCAGUCGAGAAGCCAGCUGAAGCGACGGAGGAGAAACCUGCCGAAACUACUGAAGAAGAAAAGCCUGCAGAGACUGCAGCAGAAACCACCGAGACCACCAAUGCAGAAGCUAAAGCUGAACCCGAGAAGCCGGUUGAAACCGAAGAAGAAAAGCCAAGCACUGACACUGCUGAGGAGCCCUCAAAGCCCGAAGCAACUGUCCCAGAAACUGUCGACAAGGCGCCCGAGUCAGCCGAGGCUGCUGCCGAGGCGGCGGAUGUUGUCAAGGCUGCCGAGUAG